UGCAUAACUAUAAAACAUGUUAAGUUCUUAGCCAUUUUAUGAUAUGUCAAAUAUAUGUUCACUAAGUUUAGUCUUAUCAUGAACAAAACUGUGUUUUACUAUUGCUAAUUGAUAAGGCCAAAAUUUUGAAACUUAUUUUACUAAGGAUAAUUAAGUAAAAUGGAAAUGUGUUAAAUUGUUGGUAAUUGUUAGCAAAGGCAGUUCAGAGCUUUGUGUAUAGAUAGUAUUGAAUGGCAACCUGGCUACUAAUGGCCAGUUGUGACCAGUGCAUGAGGACUUAAAGAUGCCCAGAAGUACACCUUGCUAGUUGAUAAAGUGAGAGCUCAGGACGUGCCACACUCCUCUUUAGGUCUUGGAGCACGGCAGCUGGCUCAAGGAGGAAUGCUGGGUGGAAGUCCACGGUUGUGCCAGGGUUGGUGUGUUGUUAGUUUGGUAGCACUGGACUCACUGGCCUCUUACUUGGGUGGCAUAUUUGUAUUGACCACAGGUGUAACCACCAAGCAGGACACCACAAUAGCUGGGGUGAGAGAAGAUGAGUACCAGAUAGUAUGUGGCAGUCACCUGAGUGCUAGUUAAACAGUGUGUGUUUAGUUCAGAUUUGACUAAAAAGAUAAAAAUGAAUUUGAAAAGCAAAACCCAAGUAAACCCACAUCUGUGGAGUUUCUUACUUUUAUUGUAAUUUUCUAUUUUCUAGAAUGGUUUUUCCAAUGAAGGUAUUCAAAAUAAUUUCUUGUCUCCCUUUUUCUAUACAAAUCUCCUAAUCUUAUCAGAGAAAUGUUUCUGAGGUUGGACAACUUAGUCCUGUGCAUUACUGAGCUUGACAUAGAGUAAUAGUGAAGCUGUAAAGAAUGCAGUGUGAGGAGAUGGUGCAGUGUGUGUGGAGUAGUGCUGUGCGAGCUGAGGAGCUACAUGUCGUGAAGAAAGGGCUAGAGGAGUAUAAGCAACAGACAAGGUAGUGCAGACAGACGGUAAUGCUAUCUUGUGACCUGUGGGAGGCAAAGACAGGACUAGAAGGAGCUUAGUGUCACCUGCUGCUGCACAGCAGAUUCAAGGCUGUGCCUUAAACAUACCCUCAGAAGUAAGAAAACAGGCAUUUUAAACCUCCCUGUUCACGUUCUUUUGUAAAAAUAUUUACAGUUCUUUAAUGAGAAGGAUUUGUGAUUAAUGUAGUGUGUUGAGUGACCAGUACUGAUUUGAUGUUUUUUUUAUAUUGCCUAGUCCAACCCCAAAGAACUGUGUCUUAGCCAAGCCUAUGGCAGUAAGAGUAUGCCGUACUUUAAAACAUGACGUGAGUUCUACAUACAUAAGUACCACAUACUUAGAAGCAGAGCUUUAAUGCCUUCCCUGCAUGGAUUUUACUGAGGAGGGAGGGAAUCACUGUUUUCUAUUAGAGCCACUUCAGGCUUUGUUUGUUGUAUGACAGGUUAUCAAUUGGAUUGAAAUUUUUUCUGUAUCCCAGCCUACCCUCAAACUCAAAAUCCAGUUUCUGCUACCAUCUAAGUGCUGCAAUCCCAGCAUGCCUGGCAGACUUCUUUUGUGAUUUGUCCUCACUGGUUUAUAUUCUCUGAAAUCAAUCUUGGCUUCAUGAGCAUUUCCCCAAGGAAAGUAUGUGUUUCCCUCAGUUAUAGGGAUGCCUCCUGGGUUUGUUUCUUUCGUUCAGAACUUCUUUAUAGUAUGCAGGGACCUCACACUUGGCCUUAUGGUGGGAAAUGUAGCUCAGUGGGAAGAGUACUUGCCCAAGCAUGCACAAGGCCCUGGGUUAGAUCCAAAAGCUCAGCAAAACCCUGGGUGUUCUGGCAUCAUCAGUACUUCACUAGCUCUGAGAUGGGAGCAGCGGGUCAGAAGCCCCACCUGCAGCUAUCCAUGGAAACUUUUCUCUGUGGAAAGUUGCAUGGGUACCUAAGUACCAGUAGCAUUUUUCCUAAGCGAUGUUUGUGAGAUUUUUUGUAUAUAUAGAAAUUUUUAAAAGGAAAGGAAAUAGAAUGUAUGUAGGAUCAGUGUGACGUAUGCCUUAAGUUUGAGUUACUGACUUUAAUUUGAAUGUUGAACUUAUAUAUUUUAGAGUUUUAUUACCAAAAGUUUACCCUUUUCAAAACUAUGCAUUAUAAAAACAUAAUUUCUGAUAACAUUUAAACUAUGUGUACCUACCUAAACUAUUGUAUUUGUACUUCCAUGUAUUGAUAAGCAUAUUGGUUUAUUAAGACCUGCUGACUGUAACUCAGAUCAAGCUGGGUAGAUUCAGGGACAUGCUCACAAACAUCUUGGGGUCUGUUUGUGGGGUACACCCAGCACCUUAUAGAAUACCUGAUACUGUAACUGCACAUAAAUGCUUCAGCUGCCUUUACUGUCAGUCACUACUUCUUUCCUGUCUUUGCUUCUUAUUAGGUCCUCUGUGCAUUUAAGACUUGAUGCUGAAAUAACUUAUUGCUUUGAUUUAUAUGAAAAAUGCAUGUGGUUUUGGGUAUGCUUCUGAAUAACUUGAGAGGUUUCCUCAUUCUUAGUAGUUCUCUGUCUGCUGAGGUGAAUGUUAGGAAAGUCCCAGAAGCCUCUGCAUAAUAAUAGAAGACUGGUUAGUCACCUGAACAAGAGGCCAAGAAACAAUCGUAAUUGUUUCUUAAGCAUACAUACUGCCAACUAAGUCCAUGCUUGAUGAAUUUUUCUGAACGGAUGUAUGGAAUAACCAUGGUCAUCCUGCACAGUAUUAUGUAAUCUGGUGAAACAUUGCUUUAUUUUGCUUGUGUUUUUACUGUGAUUUUUUUUUCUUGAUUCUUUACAGAGUAAUAAAGUGGAAUUUUACUAAUUAUGUAUAAUUCCAUGAUUGUAGUUUUAUGCUGAAUGCUCCAAAUAUCAAAGACAAGUUGGCAUUAAGAACGGAAUGUUUUUUGGAUAUGCUAAACAGCUGUGUCCUAAUCUGCAAGCUGUUCCAUAUGAUUUUCAUGCAUGCAGGGAAGUUGCCCAAGCAAUGUAUGAAACACUGGCAAGCUACACACACAGCAUCGAGGCUGUCAGCUGCGAUGAAGCACUGAUUGACGUCACAGACAUCCUUGCAGAGACGAAACUCUCUCCUGAGGAGUUUGCAGCUGCCCUCCGUAUUGAAAUCAAAGACAAGACUAAAUGUGCUGCCUCUGUUGGAAUUGGUUCUAAUAUUCUCCUUGCUAGAAUGGCAACUAAGAAAGCAAAGCCAGAUGGGCAGUACCACCUGCAGCCCGACGAGGUAGACGACUUCAUCCGAGGGCAGCUCGUCACCAACCUGCCGGGAGUUGGACGUUCAAUGGAAUCUAAGCUCGCAUCUUUGGGGAUUAAGACUUGUGGAGAUUUACAGUGUUUGACCAUGGCAAAACUCCAGAAAGAAUUUGGCCCCAAGACAGGGCAGAUGCUGUAUAGGUUCUGCCGAGGUUUGGACGAUAGACCUGUUAGAACAGAGAAGGAACGAAAAUCUGUUUCAGCCGAGAUCAACUAUGGAAUAAGGUUCACCCAGCCCAAAGAAGCAGAAGCUUUCCUUCUGAGUCUUUCAGAAGAAAUUCAAAGACGACUUGAAGCUGCUGGCAUGAAGGGUAAACGCCUGACUCUGAAAAUCAUGGUACGGAAGCCAGGGGCCCCUGUAGAAACUGCAAAAUUUGGAGGCCAUGGAAUUUGUGAUAACAUCGCCAGGACUGUAACUCUGGACCAGGCAACAGAUAGUGCAAAAAUAAUUGGGAAAGCUACUCUAAACAUGUUUCAUACAAUGAAACUAAAUAUAUCGGAUAUGAGAGGGGUUGGUAUUCAAGUGAAUCAGUUGGUUCCUGCUAAUUCAAAUCCUUCCACAUGUUCAAGUCGUCCAUCAGCUCAGUCAAGCCUCUUCUCUGGUCGGCCACAUUCUGUCCGAGAUCUCUUCCAACUUCAGAAAGCUAAGAAACCCACAGAAGAGGAACACAAGGAAGUAUUUCUGGCUGCUGUGGAUCUGGAAGUGUCCUCCACCUCUAGAGCUUCUGGUUUAUUGUCUCCGCUCUCUGCACAUCUAGCAGCUAGUAUCAGUCCUGACGCCAACAGUGGAGAGUGUUCCAGGAAAUGGAAUGGCCUGCACUCUCCUGUCAGUGGACAGUCAAGACUGAACCUCAGUAUAGAGGUCCCAUCACCAUCCCAGAUUGACCAGUCUGUUUUAGAAGCGCUCCCACUUGAUCUCCGGGAACAAAUAGAACAAGUUUAUGCUGCUCAGCAGGGAGAGCCACGUGGAAAGAAGAAAGAACCAGUAAACGGCUGCAGUUCAGGGGUGUUGCCACAUCCUGUUGGAACAGUUUUAUUACAGAUCCCAGAGCCUCAAGAACCUUGUAAUAGUGACAGCAGGAUUAGUGUAAUUGCCCUUCCAGCAUUCUCACAAGUGGACCCUGAUGUCUUUGCUGCCCUUCCUGCUGAGCUUCAAAAGGAGCUGAAAGCAGCAUAUGAUCAAAGACAAAGGCAGGGAGAAGACACCACUCAUCAGCAGCCAACCAGUACAUCUGUGCCAAAGAAUCCUUUACUUCAGCUAAAGCCACCAGCAAUGAAAGACAAGAGGAACAAGAGGAAGAACCCCAUUGGUUCUCCCAGAAAGAGUCCUUUGAAAAAUAAGCUGCUUAGCAGUCCUGCAAAAACUCUGCCAGGGGCAUAUGGAAGCCCCCAGAAGUUAAUGGAUGAUUUUCUACAACAUGAAGGAAUGGCUUCAGAGAGACCCCUGGAAGAAGUCUCAGCUUCUACCCAUGGUGCACAGGACCUGUCUAGUUUACCGCCGGGCCAGAGCAGCGGUUUUAGACCAGCAGCACCCAACCUAGCUGGAGCUGUGGAAUUGAGUGAUGUGAAGACCUUACUCAAAGAGUGGAUCACUACUAUCUCAGAUCCAAUGGAAGAAGACAUCCUACAGGUUGUGAGGUACUGCACUGACCUCAUAGAGGAGAAAGACUUGGAAAAAUUGGAUCUUGUUAUCAAAUACAUGAAAAGGUUGAUGCAGCAGUCGGUGGAGUCUGUAUGGAACAUGGCGUUUGACUUUAUUCUUGACAAUGUUCAGGUGGUUUUGCAGCAGACUUACGGAAGCACACUGAAAGUGACCUGACGCUCUGCUCGCUGUGCCAG